UUUCCUUUCCAAUUCUCUUCCUUUUCCAUUUGUAUCUUCUGAUUAUCCUCCUUGCCUUUUCGGGUGGGAAGAGGGUAGGUGAUGUCACCUUUUCUUCUGUUUAUCUUCUUUCUGUUUCAAUUUCUCAUGUUCAAACAGAAAAGAAAGUCCGUUUGUUUCAAAAAGAAAAUUUUAUUGUUAGGCACUCGAGGACUCGAGGCUGGAGGUAAUGAGUGUAUGUCAAAAGUAGAAAUACAAUGCUUUUCUCUAUUUCACAUCUUUUUCUAUAAUUUUUAUGUUACUCGUGCGCUGUGAUAUUGUCUUACUGUCUGAUGUUGUGAUGUUAUGAUAUUGUGAUAUUUCUGACGAUGUGAUAUAGUGAUAUUGGAUUUUGGGACGUGGUCCCGUGGAGUUGAGCU